AGUCAAAACAAAUUCCAUUGAAUCACUGCAUUGAUGUUAUUUUGUAUUUAAUUUUUGUAAUAAAAAGGCGCAUAAAAUAGCAUUCAAAAGAGUGUAUUUAAAUAGAAGUUUACGCUUAGUUCUUACUCCAGUGAUUUAACAAUCGGGAUGCUGAUUCCAAGUGUAUCAAUUUCAUAAUGAAGUAUCUAUAAUUACUAUUUGUUAAUUAAUUGAGGAAAACAGCUCGUUAUCAGCAAAGUCCAGCUUAAUAGUGAGCAAAAUGUCGGCGCUAUUAACUGCGGACUGGUUCCAGCUGGAUUCCUAUUACAGGAAAUUUGACCUGUACACCAUGAAUUGGACAAUGGAUGAAGGUCUUGAAAACAUGCUGGUAAGCGGAGCCCAGUAUGGAGGCCCAAUAGCCACGGUGAGGGACAGGAAACUGUUGGUGCGAGUUGUGACAUCGGCCAAGCCAGUAAUCACAAUCUACAAUUGUGUCGGGAAUGUCAUUUCCAAAAUAUUGUGGAACAGCGGUGUGCUCGUACACAUGGGCUGGUCGGACAGCGAGCAGCUACUGUGUGUGCAGGAAAGUGGAGACGUUCUGAUAUACGACAUGUUCGGAGCCUACCAGAAGACCUUCAAUUUGGGACAGGAGGUCAGGGACACUAAGGUCAGCAAGGCGCAACUUUUUUCUAACCCUCACGGUAUUGGGCUAGCCGUCAUUACCACCACCAACCGCAUGUUUGUAGUGAGCAAUGUCGCCGACCCCAAAGUCAGAUCUGUGCCGGAUUUGCCUAGAGCUAAUGAGCCAAUAAGCUCAUGGUGCGUGCUAUCGUCCUACGUGCGAUCUCCGGCAGUCGUGGGGUUCCUGGUGUGCCGCGACAAGGAGAUAUACAAGUGCCAGCUGGGAGAGACCAGGGCUGUUCUUAUGCUUCCAGAAAUAAAGAAUCUCCACUACACACAAAUCCUGUCCAUUGUGCCGUCCCAAAAUGGCAGACACGUUGCUCUGUUCACGGAUUCUGGAUGCCUCUGGAUCGGGUCGUCUGACUUCAAGGCGAAAUACUGCGAAAUAGAUACAGGUUUCAUUAAAGUUCCCAAGGAACUAGUGUGGUGCGGCUCCCAAGCCAUAAUAGCUCACUGGGACGACGUUCUCUGCGUCUACGGUUUCAACGGCAAAUCCGUGUCUUACCCAUAUGAUGGUCCAUUCCACAUCAUCCAAGAGAUGGACUGCGUGAGGAUCAUUUCGGAGAUGAGCCACGAACUGGUGCAGAGAGUGCCGGUGGAAGUCGACAAAAUAUUCAGGAUCAACAGCACAGCUCCUGGGUCGUAUUUGGUGGAGGCUUCCAAGCAGUUUCAGAAACGCAGCCACAGAGCGGACGAGUACAUACGCAUAGUAAAACCAGAUCUACCGAAUGCUGUGCAAAACUGUAUAGACGCGGCGGCCUACGAAUUCAACCCUGACAUACAGAAGAUGUUGAUUCGAGCCGCCCAGUUUGGCAAAGGCUUCAUAGUGGACCCCAUACUGACGGAACACUAUGUCAAGACUUGCAGAUGGUUGAGGGUUCUGAAUGCCGUGAGAGACCCUAAGGUGGCUAUUCCGCUCACUUUUAAACAAGUUUCCAACCUAGGCGAGCGUAUCUUGCUGGAUCGACUAAUAUGGCGGCGGCUGCACUGUCUGGCGGGACACAUCGCGUCCUAUUUACAACUAAAGGAUGGCCGGACUCGGGUUCUGUCGCACUGGGCUUGCUACAAGGUGACCCAACCGCACCUAGACAACGAGAGUGCGGCGCGCGAGAUCGGAGAAAAGUUGCGGAAUGUUCCCGGAAUAUCUUACGCCACCAUCGCUAUGAAGGCUCACGAGAAAGGCAGGAAAGCUCUCGCUAUCAAGAUCCUAGAAUACGAAACGCGCAGCAAACUCCAAGUGCCUUUACUACUGGCAUUAGGCGAGGGCGGCGCGGCGCUACGCAAGGCGGCCGCGAGUGGAGACACGGACUUGCUACAUGCUGUGUUGCUAGCUCUUAAGGAGAAGAUGGGCAAGCACGAGUUCGAGCUCACCAUCCGAAGCUUCCCGCUAGCGCACGCGCUAUACCUCAAAUACUGCGCGAGCCACAACCGCGAGGCCCUACGAAAGGUGUACGUUCAAGAAGACGACUUCUACGGGCAGGCGGCCACGCACAUACGCGACGCCAUCGAGCAAUCCAACCCUGGGAGUGUGGAGGCCUCGCUUAUAUCGGCGAGGGAGUGCUAUAAGAAAGCGAAGAACGAUUUGGGUGUGUCAAUAUGCGAAGACGGCCGCAAGCUCUGCAAGCAACAGUCCAGUCUGCAGGAGACUUUGAUCGGCGCGCGCUUCGUAGGACUCUCCCUUCACGACACAGUCAGAGAGCUGCUAUGCAAAGGCGAGAUCAAACUGGCGGACAAACUAAGGGCGGAAUACAAAAUGCCUGAUAGACGAUACUGGUGGCUAAGAAUACUGACACUGGCCGAAAACAACGACUGGGACGAGUUGGACCGUUUCUCCAAGUCGAAGAAGUCGCCUGUAGGAUAUGAGCCAUUUGUGGACGCUUGCCUGAAACACGGCAAGCCAGACGAAGCCUUCAAAUAUCUACCUCGCUGCCAGGAAGACAUGAAAGUCAAGUACUACGUCAAGGCUGGUUUCUACGAAGAAGCAGCUCAAGUGGCAUUCGACCAAAAAGACGAGAGCGCGCUACUGUUCGUCCAAAACAAGUGCCCUCAAGACGCGAUGAAGCACGAAAAGAUAUCCGCCCUAUUGGAACAGCUGGCCACUAGAAAGUGAACCGUGUGAUAAUAUAAUUAAGUAUACAUUUUAAUAUACCUGGUAUGUUAGACGCUUAUGGCUCGGGAGUCUAAUAAGGCCUAGUGAUGAAACGUUUGUUUCGACUUCAACCCAGGCUUUCCAUCUAUCCUUCUCACUCAACGCGAGACGCCGGUAUGAGCAACAGGGACAAAUAGAUCCUAAAGGAAUCUGUUUAGAACUUUAGACCCUCAACUAGUUGUGGAAAUAACGUAUGCUACGAAUAUGCACUGAAGUUAAGGAUUCCCUUCAUUACGUUUUUUCUAAUCUCGGUGCGAAAUAUUAUUUACAGUUUAUGUGAAUAAUAAUCUAACUUCGAAAUAGUUUUAUAUACGAAAUUAGUCAAACCAAAGGCUACAGCGCGCUUGAGCGUGCUAAGAAAUAGAACAUACAUAAAGACACACAGCAAAUUAGCUGUCGGAUAAUGUAUUAGAUAUUUUUAAAUGAAAAAAUGUUAUCUGUAUAACUUUUACUGUAAUAAUCGCUUUGUAUGUUUAUUCAAAUAUUCUUUAUGUCAAGCAAAUAAUAUAUUUUAAAAAUAAUUGAAUAAUAUUGUGAUUUACUUUUAUACCUUCCUACAAUAAAUGUUAUGUAACCGUAUUCAUGAAAUAAAAGCCAGUUAUCGACCAUGUUGUAUUUAAUUUUAGACACAAAAUGAGUGGGUGUUAACCAACAUACAGUUAAAUACAAAAUUCACAUGAAAACAACAUUGAGACCCUAACAUUACAAACAUCUUGAUGUUUACACAAACUAUCAUCGUCAAAUCGUAUGACACCGCAAUGGUUUUGUUACAAACGCUAUUAUCUUAUAUGGAUUAAUCAAUACAAUACGUAUAAAGGUAAAUACACAUAUAGGACGUGUAAACAGAAGAAGGCAAUUAAUAUAUCUCGCUUCUAUUCCUUAUCUGAAACCUGUACCUACACGAUACAAGCAAGUGUGCAUUUACCUUUAUUCGUUAACAUUUAUUUAGCAGUAUCUAUAAAAAGCUUAAAUUCGCUUCAAUAAGCGCAUCUAUAUCUACUCACAGUAGACUUAUAAUCUAAAUAGGAGUAAAUCGCAAAAUAUGCGACUAUAUCUGCAUAGGUACUUUGUAUUACCUGGUUACCUAAAAAAUUGUGCAGGUCAUUACUAGAACACAAAAUAUCUUGUUUACCAUGAACUUUGAUUCAUUUUUGACAACUCAGCAGUAUAAAAUAUUUAUCGUGGUGGAUGACUAGGACAAAAAAAAAAAUAUAUAUCAAAUAUCUGCAAUUCAAUAGGUAAGCAACUAAUAUUGUAGCCGUAAGCAAACAUUCAAAAAUCAGCCAAUAAUAUUAAUAUGCUGAUAAAGUCAUGUUCGUCUAUCAUUUUUAAACAUUCUAAUUCGUUCAUUGUUAGAAUAUUCUUUACUCUAUUCUGAUAAUGUAGUUAGAUUAUGGGAAAACAACAUACAUAAAUGUAUACCUACACAACGUGUAGCACGUUUCUCACAACCAUUCGCAAUAUGGAUAUUUUUUUAUAAUUUUAUUGUAUACAUAUUAUAUGUCAGCAAGAUGUUGGGAAAACAAUGUUUCCUUCCAUUAUUCUAUUUACAACGAAGAAUGAUAGCAAACGAUCCACAGAUCUUCCACAUUCCCCAAUACAAUUUCGUUUAAAAUUCCUCCAAAUGUUUCUCUACAAUCCUACGCGACAACUCUGAAAAUUGGUCAAUUCUCUUAAUUGACGAUUAUUUAAAUCUCGUCAGUGACAAUCAAUUGAUGCAUGCAAAUAAAUUAUUUAAAAACCUUAAACCAACUUAAAAUAAUUCACACAAAACGUCAGAUAACAAGGACUAGAAUGAAUAACGUCACUAAACUCCUUAUAAGAACCUUGAAACUUUUUUCCUCAGUAGGUAAAUACCAUUCUCAGUAGGUAAUCUACAAUACCGUAAAAAGUAAACUUAUAAUGCUCUUGAAAAAGUUUACGUGUAAUUAAGUAUGCCGAAUCAAAGUGUAGAAGAAUGCAAUACACAUUAUCGUAACACUCAUAGCAUGUGUUAGAGUGCAAGUCCAUAAGCUGACUUAUUAUCUAUUUACGAUACCUAAUAUUUUGUGAGCAUGACAAUGUCUUUUGAGGGUUACAUAUAAAAUUAUUAAAAAUUAACAUUAGCAAACACAAGCUUUCAACUAAAAGCAACAAUGAACCUUAGGAAAAAAGAGAAAAUUCGUGAAAUCGACAGGGCCGGAGUCAGGAAUAUAAGCCCCGGAAAGGGGCCCCGGAAAAACCUUUAAAUUAUUUCGUCGUAGUUUCUAAGGUCCAUUAGUAGUUCAGCUUCAUAGGCUCAUUCACAUUUCCAACUAUCAGUCUUAGAUUAUAAUUACGAAAUCAUUGAAAUACAGGCUGUACGGCACAGUUUAGCAAAAUAUUUUUGUUCACCUUUCAGUUUUUCAGUGUGAAAAAUGUGUAUAUAAAAAAUGACAAUACCAUACAUACAUUUUCCAGGACAAAAUUCUACUGAGUCACGACAAUUUAUAAACAAAGUAUCAACUGUCACCUUUUUGCCAACCUUUCCCUUACAUCCCGUAUAUCAAACUACAUAAAUUAAAAUGAGCAUCGGCAUAAUAAUAUACGUCUCCAGUCAUAUUUGUAUUGGUUCCAGACGAUAAAUUUUUAAACAAAAAAUAACCGAGUAAAUAUUAUAAACUUUUAUAGUAUUUAAUAUCACUUAAAUAUUUACAGCGUAAAACUUUAAUUCGAACUAAUACCUGCUAUAUUCUUUAAAUUCCAACAAACGUAUACUUAGAAAAACAGAAGCAAUAAAUUAUAAAACAAAUUUAAAAAAGAAAAUUACAAUAUCCCAAACAAACAAAAAACAAUUUCUCUU